AAUAGAACUGGACAGUUGAGGAGGAAUCCAGGUAUGGUCGAUACCCUGCGUUAUCUCUCCCUCUCCAUCGUAUUUCGGAAGUUGCUCCUAUCGGUGAUACGUUUACAACGUGUCAUAAAAAGUAUCACGAGAUCGUAUAACCAGCAGAGACUCGAGAAGAAGACGAAGGAGGUGGAGGCGGAUGCAGAAACAGAGACUGAGACGGAGACCGAUGAGGCGAGAGGAUUAGAUGUAAAGCUAAAGAAGAAGCUGAAGAGAAUGACAACGAUUGAGGAAAAAAAACGGGUCGCUGGGUCCAAGGUGUCGGCGAUUGCGAAUAUAUUCCAGUCAAAGCCACAGCACGAGGGACUUGCCCAUCAUCAUCGACCCACGACAAUUCAUCCGGAGGGUGGAUUCAAGGAGCCACCGGCGCCUCUCUCUGAUUCUCCAACUCAAGUGACUGUUGUUAGGACUGAGAGCCAUGUCGCGAGGUUUAACAAUGCACGAGCUUUGUUUGAAAAGCUUGGUGAGGAAAACAAGACCAAUCGACCUAAUUGGAGUGCCAGUGUACCGGCAUUAAAUGCCGAGCGUCACUUCGAAAAUGGGCAUCAUGCCGUGGAUAAUCACAAUGCUGCUCAGCGAAUCAAGCCACGUGUCGGAGUCGCGUCAAAAUUCGAAAAGAAUUUUCAUGGCAAAGAAAAUCGGCGUGACGAGAAACAACUAGUAGAGAAACCGGAGAAACCGGAAAGACGAUUAAAUUCUAAAGAAUUGAUUGAGAAACAAAAAAAUUGGACGAGUCAUUUCUCUAAAACACGACCUAGUCGUUAUAAUUCUGAUCCAAAUAGAUCUAUCGUACAGACCUCGAUACAAAAUCAAAAUUCAAAGAGACUGAUUGACGAUAACACUGUUGACCCAUCAAUAGAGUCGGAUUAUCAGGAAAUUGACUUCAAGAAAUCUCCGGAACCAUGUCCUGCCACGAGAUCUGCAAGUUUUUGCACGUCAAGACCUUCACCGGCAAUGUCACCACCACCACCGUUACCGCCUACACGGAAUUCGUCAGCCGUGAAGAAAGAGCGACCCGUGAGCUUCGCUGCUACGAGUCCCACAGGAUCAGAUUCGCCCGUGAGCCCAGAGUACGCUACAGUAAACAAAUCUUUCGACACGUCACCGACUAUCCCCGAGUACGCGGUCGUACAGAAGGGAGUUAAUGCUAAGCAGCCACCUAAGUCUAACGAACCAAUGCCUGAGUAUGCGACGGUACAAAAACCAUUGGGAGCUAAGAAAAUAGUUUUAGACACAUCGUCUAAAUUGACUCCUAAAGACAACUGUAAGGAAGUCAGCAGUCCUUUAUCGAGGAGUAUCAAUUCUAGUCCUACACGUCAACCUCUUCCAUGUCCUCGAGAGUUGUCUAAAGAAUCUUCUUCAUCGAGCCCCGAACAUAAUGAAGAAAUCGGGAAUCAAAAGCACGAUCUGUUGGAGGUUGACGAUUACCCGAUUCUUCCGGCGAGUCCUCUGCGUGCUCCACCGAAAACAUCCGAAUGGCGGAAUGUCUGGCUUGCUAAAAACGAAGAGAUUCUCAAGAAUGUUGUCGAAUUAAAGCCGACAAUUACAACAUCAACAGCAACAACAACAACAACAACAACAACAACAACAACAACAACAACAAUACCAACAACAGCAAUUGCCGCUGAGAUUAUUGAACGCACAAGUUCUCGACCGGACUGGGCGAAACCUCAUACCGAAAUUGCCGAGUCAAAGCGCGCCAGGUCACCGGAAAACGAAUUACGUCCACCAUCAGCAACCGAUAGCGCUUCAUCAAGUAUGAGUUCACCCAGUUCACCAUCUAAAGAUAGCAAAGAAGAGAAAGCUGAGAAAGAAUUACCGGAAAAGCUUCAGUAUGGACGCAACAGCUAUGACCUGGAGGCGGAGGCUAAUAACAAACCAAGUGUCUACACAGAGGUGGUACGUGAUGAGGAGGAAGAAGAGGAAGAGGUAGGAAGUGCCGAGAAAUUUGUAGAGACUGAUGCUGCAACUGUUGUACGGCGGUCUCAUGUGAGGAUGGAUUUACCCGCCGCCGGGUUGGGACAACGUCCACCCUCUGUAAUCAGUUCUGAUCAAGAGUUUCCACCGUUAGAGCAUAAGGAUAUACCAAUACCAUCACCCUAUGCAAAACGUUUACAGCAACAGCAACAGCAGCAGCAAGAUAAUAAACCACAGUCGCAACCAAAACCAGAAUUACUUCACCAGAAUAUUAAAUUAAAUAUCGAGCAAAAAGAUAAAUCAAAAUUCAGUGCAGAGACUAAUUCUGUGGCGAUUGAAGAACAGCCGGCACGCAAGACAUCGUCGCGUGUUAUUAGUGUUAAAAAUGCUUUAGAAAAAGAAAAACAAUUUUUGAAUGAAAAAAAGUGCCAAAAAACUAUUUCAAAUGCUAAAAAUGAUCAAAUAAAAAUGUCGAUGAGAGAAAAAGAAAAACUAGUUACAGCCAUGGUAGCUAAUAAAGAUGAUGUUAUUGUUGUUGAGAAACGUUCUAGUUUUGUCGAACUUGAAAAGCCAAUAAAUCAAUCUUCAAGUCUUUCCGCCAAUCAAUUUACUAGUAAUUCAUCUGACCGAGUUGAUAGUAGCAAAGUUGAUAGUAAAAUACAUAAUAUUUCUAUGAAAAAUAAUAAUUCAUUGACCAAUACUUGUUCAAAUGUUGGUUCUGCAGCGGAAAGUAUUGAUGUUACUGAUAAAGUGUCACUCGCUGAAGCUGCCGAGCAAAUACAAACAACGUGGGAACUUGAGAAACAGAAGGCCGAUCAAUUGGCAGCAUUGAGAUCCGUUGAAAUAAAUAAUGAUCAGACAGUAUCUAAAGUAUCAAUUAAAACUCAUUCACUUGUAUCGGCGGUGGUUGCUCAAUUUCAAUCUAAAGAUAAUAUUAUUAAUAAUACUACUUCUAUUACUGAUAUUCAUAAACAUGAAUCGGAGAAUAGUCUCAAUGAAGACACCGAUUCAAGUGAAUCCAAGACUGUCACUAAUUUGGAUGAGAAAAAACAUCACGCGCCAGAAUUAAUUAACACUAAUCAAGUGAAUAAUAAAAAGUUUGAAACUCCAGUAACAAAAGGUGGUGUCCCAUUGGCGUCAAAUAUUGUGACACCAGACACAAUGACGGCUGAUGAAGCGGAAAAUCUUUUGAGUUCGCGGAUACUUGAAAAAAAAAUCCGUCAAGGAUCUGCGUUAUUGUCAGAUGAGGAGGCACAGGAAAUAGCCAGGUUACUGUCUCCAGCGGCAGUUGAUCCAUCUGCGAUAACUAGUGCUCCUGAAGAAAAAAUAAUAGAAAAAGAGCCCGAAAGAGAAAGAGAUAAUAAAGAAAAAGAAGAGUUGGAUAACACGCCGGACUGGUUGUCAGACGUACUAUCGGCACCAGAUACUAGUUUAAUUAAUAGUACUGCUCAGGACUACAGUUUUUCGCAGCGCUCGCGCAGUGAUUUGACAAUAGACUCACUGACGGAAAGUCAAAUUGGCUCUGUAACUGGCAGCGAAAGUGGGCUUCUCGGGUCUGUUAGCAGUUUGAAUGACACUCAUGAGGCUAAUGAUGACACGGAGACUGAACAGCGGGACGAAGUGACACUAGUGCCGGGUAAAAUAAUCCAUGUAGAGGAUGGAAAACAUUUUUAUGAGGAUGGACACUUUUGGAUGGAAGUUGAAGGCCUUCCGGACUCUGACGACGAAGACUUGGGACCAGUUGCUGUUAAAAAGAGUGGCAAGGUUUCGUUUGACACACGCCCGAUGCGAGUAUAUUCGACGCAUUCUGUCAAUGAGUAUGAUCGUCGUAACGAGGACGUCGAUCCCGUGUUUCCAGUUGAAUUAAUGAAAGGUCCAGAGGGUCUUGGCUUGAGCAUAAUCGGUAUGGGUGUAGGUGCCGAUGCAGGUCUUGAAAAACUCGGUAUAUUUGUGAAGACAAUCACGGAAAAAGGCGCGGCUGCACGCGAGGGAAGAAUACAAGUGAAUGAUCAGAUCGUUGAGGUUGACGGUAAAUCAUUAGUCGGCGUAACGCAAGCAUAUGCUGCCAAAGUACUGAGGAAUACAUCAGGUUUAGUCCGGUUUGUUAUUGGUCGAGAGCGAGAUCCUAAAAAUUCUGAAGUUGCCAUGUUAAUACGACAGAGUCUCCAGGCGGAUUUGGAGCGCGAGCAAGCUAAUAAUGCUACCAACAGAAGACUGAAUUUCUCAGACGCGUCACCAGAAGGUCCUCAAAGAGAAGAACACACGCCUGACAGCACCAACAGAGUAGGAGGAAUACCUAGUUCUCCGACGAUGUCUUCUUGCUCGGAAGGCGAGCCACCUCACAGCCCAAUAGAGAGUUAUCUUUCUCCAUCAAACAGAAGUCGUUCGCCGAUUAUCAGCUCUUCUGUAGGACACGCUACCACUCAAAAUGAUGUGGAAAGCCUGCGAGUUCUUCUACAAGAGACUCAAUCUAAACUAUCGAUUGCCAAUGAAGAAGUGGAAACGCUCAAGGCUAAGCUGGUAGAGUUGGAGAAUAGCGGAGCUGGUAGUGAAGAAUAUGCUGCAAAAUUACGAGAAUCGAGACUAAGACUGCAUGAAUCCGAGAGAGCACUCGGUACCACCCGACAAGAGUUAUCGGCAACUCGAGAAAUGUUGUCGCAGUCCACAACACAGACGACGACGUUCCAGCAAAAAUACGCAAGGGCUAAGCGAUUGGCGCGAGAGUUGAGAACUGAUAUUGCUGCGAGAGAUGAAUUUUAUCAACAAUUACUUCAAGAGAAAGAUACCGAAUAUAAUGCGCUUGUCAAAACUCUCAAAGAUCGGGUUAUUAAACUGGAGCUUGAACUGACGGAGACGCACACAAGGUUUGGUUUGCCUGUCCGAUUACCGUACGACGGCUCGACUAAGGGAAUAGUAACACCCCAAUUAUCGAGACGUCAAUUACCACCACCUCCCUCGUCGGCAAGCUGCCAAUUAUCUGAUACAGAAACUUCGGAUCUGAGUAGCCCAGACGACGGAGAUAAAACGGCAACUGUUGAACGAAAAUUACCGCUACCGAUCCCGAUAAAGGAAGAAUUAGAUCGAGCGAUUCCAGCCCACCGUCUUCUAGAUAAUUCAGCCGGUAAAAACAAAGCAGAAUUAGCGAGCAGAGGAGGUCUUGCUAAUCGUCAAUUGCCAAAACGGUCUGGUGGAUUAAGUAACAGCAGUUCAGAUUAUGGAUUAGACGAGUCGGGAGAUAAUACAGAUACUGAAGAUUCAUCUAAAAUUGGUGGUGUGUCCCAUGAUACCAGCACAAGAUCGACGAGUGAGUCACUGAAGCAAUCAAACUUAAGUUCUUAUUCAAGCAGUUCUUCAAUAUGUUCUCAAAAAAGUAAACAGUAUUUUGAAUCAACGCACUCGACGAUCCGUCAGCACAGCACAAUAAGUUCUCAAGUACGAGCAAUGACUGAACAAAGCUGGUCGGCGUCGCAGAAAAGUUUGAUUGGGCAUCCGCCGUCGUUGGCUGAACAGCUCAAAAAAGUAUUAGCUGAAAGAGAAAGGCGACUAGGUGGUGAUAUGUCUUCAUCACGUGAAAAUUCUGGAGAUUUUACGGACUUGAAUAAUCCGCAUAGUGAUCCAACAGCUGUCGGCCAUCAUCUCAUUGAGGAAAUCCGGCAGGCUGUUAAUGAGGCGAGUCAACGGGUUAAAAUCGUUUCGGUUCCAAUGCCAGCAGGACCCGGUAAUACGCCUUGGCAUCACCAAGGUGGUUCACCAUCCAGUUUAUCAUCUGGCGGAUCUAUAAGCCCGACAGCUAUUGAGCCCAGUCCGUCCAAAAUCGGCAGCGUCGACUCGGCUGAAGUUUGGAUGCCUCCCAAUCCCGGUGAUUUUGGUCUAGAUAAAAAAAUAUUCUGGCAAACUGCUUCCAUUACUGAUUGGUCUAAAGAACAGGUUUGUCAAUGGCUGACUGGGAUUGGCUUAGAACGAUUUACUUCACGUUUCGUCGACAAUGGAAUCAAUGGUAGUAGUCUCUUACGUUUAGAGUCACGUGAUUUAAAAACAUUGGGAAUUUUUGGUGAUGAAAAGCAACACCUUAAGAGAAAACUCAAAGAAUUGCGAGGUCAGGCUGAGCGUGAGCGUAAAGAGCGAAAAGAAAUUGAGCGAGUAAGAAAAAAAGCCGAGAAAGCUGCACGAAAAAAAUAA